CAUAUUCUGUGUCCCUACUCAAAUUUAUCCCCUCUUGCCAAACCACGUCUUCUCAACAGUCGCAAGCCGAGACGGCUCACACUUAAUCAUUUGUUACGUGACAAUCUCUUGUGUGCGUGCUGAGCAAUCAUUAUAAAUUUCAUCAUGGUCCCGAACACCGAGGAAAAUGUUCCUCUAGAUGAUUUUAUCUCCAACGGAAACCGGGACAUGCCGACACUCUCUGAUGGUCCCAGUAACAACUUUGAGCCCAUCAUUUCACCCCGGGCCGCAGUGCUUCUUGCGCAAGACCUUUCUCUUCGCCCAGCGCCAACCUCAUUUACAUCAUCACAUGGACCAUCGCCACUCAUCAGUAUGCCAGCUGCCACCAAUCGAACCCCGCUACAACGUCCAGAGGGGCAGGAGCACUGGGAGGCAAAGAAAGAGACAAUCCGUGCUCUGUAUUUGGACGAUGGCAUGCCACUCAAGGACCUUAUGCAUAUAAUGUCAACAAAACACUCCUUCUCGGCCACUGAAAGAAUGUAUAAGCGACAGUUUUUGAAAUGGAACUGGAGAAAGUAUAAUACGAAAGGCCGUCAGCAGAGUCAAGUUGGUACUGAACAUCGGGGAGCUCGUUACGAAAAGCCUACUCGCAGACGACAAGCAGAGCGGAGCAUGAUCAACCUGGCAAAUCAGGCGCAGAAUCCUAUCGAGCGCGGUCAUAUGUACCGCCGAGAUGCGGAUGUUUCGACCCCAUUACUAUUCAGCAACCGAAAUCAUCGACAAAUGGAGGAGCUCCAUUUCAGCCUCCGGGACCUCAUCUAUGGGAGCGCGCAACAGUCCUCUGCCUGGAAGGGGUGUUCCAAGUUCGAACUGCUUGGGGCGCAGAACGAUGGACUGGUUCUCCAAUUCGAAUUGGCUUUUGAAUUCCUAAAGGAGAAAGAACUUCAUAAAUUUGGCGCUGCUCUCCGUCGAGCCUUUCACACUGCCGAAGUGUUUCUUGAGAAGGAAGGUUGUGAGAUUCUCCAACCAGCAAUUUUGGACGUUCCCUUCGAUCUUCUCUCCAAAGGGGAGAUUAACGAGCUGCAGAUAUUUCUGUACCACGUCUUCCGUAUGCUAACCGCCAAAAAGCCCGGAGAGCCUAUUCAAAGGAUGGCCAAGGCUAUGUAUGCAAUACUACUCGACUCUCCAGAUCUAUUUGCACACUCCUUGAGGCAACUAUAUGGGAUCACUGCACACUAUUUCAGUGAAACCCGUGGCCUGGAUGACCUGGCUAGUUUAAACGCAAGAACAGAUCUAAUCCAGAUAAAGAAGCGCGACAAAACCUUGCAUCCAAAAGAGGCUGGAGAUAUUCUCAGAGACUACAGAAAUCUCCUACACAAAGCAAGCACAUUCUUUGGACAGGACUCACAAGAAACCAUUGAAGCUGAGGCUCAUUACCUAUGGACAGCGUUUUGUGCAGAUUGUUGGGACAACUAUGAGAACAUAUGUAAAGGCCGUAUACAUCGCAUACGAGCGGAGAACGAAGCAAAUUGGGACACUUGGGAUUAUCAAGACCUCGAUAACCUCGCUCGAUGUACAUGGUACUUGUCUUCAUUUUAUGAAAAAGUCGGCGACGUCAGUUCGCGCAUCCAAUGUUUGGCAGAACGUCUCCAGAUUCUUGGCCAUGUAAGCCGAAGGGAUGGAAACACGAGGGGCAGCGAAGCACGGGUAACGGAGUGCAGAAUAGAACUUGCAAAGGUGCUGAAGGAAGCUGGUCAAGUCGAAGAGGCCCUUGAGUUAAAAUUGGAUAUUGUACGAUCAGGGUACUUUGAGGAAGUCACGGACGAUCCUGAGUGUAAUGAUCAGUCCUAAGAUCUAGGGGUAGCUUGAUGAUUACAGUCUUACUUCAUGACUGAAAGAGCAACUCCAUUAAUAACGGAAACUGCAAUCCUCCUUCGAGGCAAUACUUUCCUUUCUGACACGACCCCUACUGUACCAAGGAGUAGACAAACACGCCGCCUUUUAAAGGGCAUCACAGUUGUAGUAUAUACACUUAACAUAGCUGACUGCAGAAAGGACGAACUAUAGUAUAGGUCACGUAAUAACAAGGAAGGACUAACAAGUAAUAGUUACUCUAGGUAAAGGACC